CUUCUCACCAUUCAUGGUGUUGGUAAUCGCAAUCCUGAAUGAUGGAACUAUCAUGACGAUAGCAAAGGACAGAGUAAAGCCUUCUCCACUUCCUGAUUCAUGGAAGCUCAAAGAGAUAUUUGCCACCGGCGUUGUUCUUGGCACUUACCUAGCAGUCAUGACUGUGGUUUUCUUCUGGGCUGCAGAGAGCACUGACUUCUUCUCGGCAAAGUUUGGGGUGAGAUCUAUCAGUGGCAAUCCGCACGAGCUUACAUCAGCUAUUUACCUCCAAGUUAGUAUCAUUAGCCAGGCGCUUAUCUUUGUCACAAGGUCACGUAGCUGGUCAUAUGUUGAACGUCCUGGCUUCUGGUUGAUCUUUGCCUUUUUAAUAGCUCAGCUGAUUGCUACUCUCAUUGCCGUGUACGCAAACUGGGAUUUUGCAAGAAUCAGAGGUACUGGGUGGGGGUGGGCAGGAGUUAUCUGGCUCUACACUAUAGUUACAUACAUCCCAUUGGAUAUCCUCAAGUUCAUCAUCAGAUAUUCACUAAGUGGUAGAGCUUGGGAUAAUGUCAUUGAGAACAAGACCGCUUUCACGUCAAAGAAAGACUACGGAAAAGGAGAGAGGGAAGCACAAUGGGCACAAGCUCAACGUACCCUUCAUGGAUUGCAGCCUGCUCAUCAAAGCUCAGACAUGUUCAACGACAAGAGCACUUACAGAGAACUUUCAGAGAUAGCAGAUCAGGCCAAGAGACGGGCAGAAGUCGCAAGGUUAAGAGAGCGUCAUACAUUGAAAGGUCACGUGGAAUCAGUAGUGAAGCAGAAGGGACUUGACAUCGAGGCUAUCCAGCAACACUACACCCUGUGAUUUCAGAAACAAGUGUGUGUUACUCAGUUUAGUUUAGAAUUUUGCCAACCGCAAGAGUAUUGAAUAAUAAACCACCUUCAUCAUCAUUAGAAAAUACUUCAAAAAGAGAAAGAAAAAAAAAAAAGAGGUUUCUUGUAUAAGCAGUGGCUGUUGGCUGCUUUAUUUGUUUUGAUAUAUUCUUGUUUUUUUUUUUUUUUGCCUUAACAAAGCUAAUAAGAAUUUACAAUUACUUAGAAUUCUUUCUUCUUGUUCCACCAUUGAGUUUCUUCUUCUGGUCUUUAAACCUGCUGCCAAAAGGAAAAAGCACAUCAAACCAAAAAUAAGAAUGCAUUAUUCUUCAUUGCAAAUGAGAAUGAACAAUACCAAUCAAUCCUGUACAAGCCAGUGUGUCUGUGUUGGAUCUGCGAUGAUUCUUGGCCUUGACUGAUAAACGAGAAGAGAUUUAAUAUUUCCAAAGAAACUUUAUAAACAGCACGAGAGGAGAUUUGUCUUUGCAAAUGAGAACAAACAGAUUUUGAAGACUUCAGGAUAUGACAAAAUGUCCAAAGGUUUCACUUAUUCUUGGAUGAGUCUCGCAACGAAGACUUCAGCUCUAUAGACAUCAACUCCCAAUUGAAAGAAUACAAAUCAACCUUCUUCAAUCCAGUUUGUGUGUUUUGCAUUCCCUGGCAUUCACUAAUCAACCAACAUAAAGGACAAAUAUAAUAAUGGCACAAGGAUUGAUAUAAAAACUAGAGAAAUUGUAAUCAUUAAAACAUUCACUUGCUGAACAAUUCGAUACAGAUCAAAACUAUUACUACAAUCCAUAGAUAAGGGUAUCGUUUAAGCUUCCCUAGUUAGAAGUAGAUAUAUAACUAUACCAAACUCUCUCCAAUAACUAAAUCUGACUAAAUGAUGAUUUUACUGAUCCGGCUUUUUCUGGUUUUGCCUUGCAUGGUGAAGAAACCAAAGCGCUCCUUCCGCUGCAUGCUCAGCUGCAGCUUUCUUAUUACGCUUGGGAUCCCCAAAACACUCCAAAACAGUAUUCCCUGAAGAAUCUCUAAUCUCAACCACAACUUUGUAUGAAAAUCUAAACCAAAAAAAA